AAAGAAGCUGAAGAACUAAAUAUUUUGAUUUGUGAAAUGGAAAAUAAUAAACAAUAUAUUUGAAUUAGUCUUGUAGUGACAAUUAUGCCACUCGCACGUUUCAAAGUGCUUUUCAAUUUUGACAAUAAAUCGUUUUACACUUUCAAGAAAAUUCUCAAUGGAUGUUAUUAUUUUUAUUAUAAAAGACAAAAAAAAUGGCAUCUCCUCGAGCUUUAACUUCAGGUAUAAAACGAUUGUCGCCAUCGUCAAGAACUAUUAACACUCUCAAAUUAUCUCCAGUUUCCUCGCCAGUGAGACGAAAUCUUCUAAAUGAACCCGAAUGGAAUAAAGAAAAAUUUCUCUCACCAUUCAAAGUCGAUACUCCAAAUAGAAAAAUAUUAAUAAACGAAGGUCUUCAAAAUCAACAUCCAAUUAUUUUAGGUACCGGAGGUUUUGGAAAAGUUUACAAAGCAUCGUAUAAGGGAGAUAAGGUGGCUGUAAAAUUAAUCGAUCGUAAUAAACAUGGAGAUUCAAUUAUUAAAGCAGAAAAACAUGCAGCAUCAUUGAUGCAUAUAAAUAUUGUAAAAGUGUUUGCAAUCGAGGAAGGUGAUAUUCUCUCUGUAAUAACAAUGGAAUUAUGCAUGAAUUCACUACAGGAAAAACUUGAAAAAACAUCUCUUAUUCCUGAGGAGAGAAUUUUUAUUUGGAAAGGAAUUGCCAGUGCUCUUAGAUUUUGUCAUAAUUCUGGUAUUGUUCAUGGUGAUGUUAAACCAAAAAAUAUUCUUCUUGGCAUUGAUGGACAAGCAAAACUCGCAGAUUUUGGAAGUUCUGUUCUUAUUAAUGAAUCAUGUGUAGAAUAUACUUUUCAUGGAACUCCAGGAUAUACAGCACCCGAAGUAGUACGAGGAGAAAUUCCAACCCCAUCAUCAGAUAUUUAUUCCUUAGGAAUUGUUGCUUGGCAAAUGCUUUCAAGAAAAUCACCAUUUCAAGGACUUCAUACACAUACAAUUUUAUAUCUUACUGGCUGUGGAGCGAGACCGCUUAGCGGAAAAUAUGACGAUGGUUUCAAUGGAAAAUACAAAGAAUUGUAUGUUGAAAUGUGGUCAGAAAACAAGAGACGUAGACCUGCUUUAAUUGUGAUAAUCACCGAAUUAAAUAAGUUAAUACAGGAUAAUUAUUCAUUUACAAAUUAAAGGUCAAAUUAUUUCGCUAAUAUUUAAUAAUAUUUUUAAAAAAGUAUUUAUUAAGAAAUGAAAAUAAUUAAGUCUUUUUUUUUUUUUUUU